GUUCCUCAGCCCCAGCAGGACAUGCGCCAGCACCGCUUGGCCACCUGAAGACACCCAGAAGGAUGGAGGUGCCCUACACCAAGGUGGGGCUGGGGGUGGGCAGGGGCACCGCUGGGGUCUUUGAGGGCUGGGCCGGUUCCCCUGUGAGCGGAGGUCGGGGGGCUCGGCCUGGGGUUCCCUGCGUGGGUGCUGCAUGCGGCAUCGUGCUUUGGCACGAGCCAUGUGUGGGUGCUGCUCCUCCCGCAGCACUCGGUGACGAGGGGAGGGUGCUGGCUGCGUGCUGGCGCAGGUAAGUGCUGGUGGAGAUAUCUGCAGCCAACUCCUGCUCACAGUGUGGUUUGGGGGCUGGGAUGGCGGGGCAGGAGCGAAUCUCCUUGGGGUCCCCUCUGUCCCCGAUGUCCCCAGAGAGGCGAUGCUGCGGGUGCUGCAGCAGCGGAGGUGAGCAGGCAGCCUGCAGGGUGGGAGUUGAGCCCUGUACUGACGCGGCCGUUCUCCGGCAGCUGCAGCGAUCCGCCUGCCUGCUGCUGCUGCUGCUGCUGCUCUGCUCCCUGGCCGGGGCCCGGCAGAGCCUGCCCGAGUGCUGCCGGCAGAAAACCUGCUCCUGCCGUAUCUACGACCUCCUGCACGGCAUGGGCAACCACGCCGCCGGCAUCCUCACGCUGGGCAAGAGGAAGAGCGUCCCACCAGCAUUCCAGAGCCGGCUGUACCGCCUGCUGCACGGCUCCGGCAACCACGCAGCGGGCAUCCUCACCAUGGGCAAACGCGAGGAGCGCCCCGGCACCGCCUGCCGCGACGCACUGAGCUGUGCUGCGGGCACUCAGCCGACGGCGACCCCGAGGGGCGCUGCUGCCAGCCCCAGGGAGUGCCAGGAGCACGCUGAGAAGGACCUGACCAAGGGCUGGGGAGCGGCGAAGAGCUUCUACUGAGAUGGGCUGGCGGGGGCGGGGAGGG